UGACGUCACGGCUGGGGACGGACGGUCGGUGGGUGGCUGGGGACGGGCGCCGGCGCAUCCCACACUGGAAAUACCCAGCCGGGUCGAGCGGCGCGUUUUUAGCGGCGCCACAGCGCUGAGGCCGGCAGUGAGAGACCGACCGCCGGGGUCGCUGGUGCUGUGAUCGAGGGCAGUGCAUCAGGAGCGAAGUGAUAGACCGAGUGGAGCGACACAGGACGAUCGACUGCAAAAUGAGGGCCAUAGGUCUGGUUGUGGCCGUUUUUAUAGCUCAGCACUCGGUGCUGGGCAUGCCCCGGAACAGCAUCGCUGACAACGUGGCCACGUCCCAGUCGCCGCAGCCGUUCAGCAUCACCAACUCGAUGGUGGACUUCACGGUGGACCUGAGCACCAACCACCUUGGCCGCGGCAACGUGGUGUUCUCGCCGUUCUCCAUUACGAGCGUGCUGAACCUGCUGCUGCUGGGCGCCUCGGACCGCACCUACGACCAGCUGCGCGCCGCGCUCCGCUACCCGGCCGGCAUCGAGGACCUGCUCAUCCACCAGCAGAGCGGCCUUCAGCUGCAGUCGCUACUGUUCCACUCCAACGGCAGCACGGUCAGCAUCGCCAACCGGCUCUUCGCCGCCGCCGGCCUCCGCAUGGUGCCCGAGUUCCAGAAGGCGGCCAGCUCCUUCUACCAGGCUUCCGUGGAGACUCUGGACUUCAACCACCGCCCGGUACCUUCGCAGCGCCGCAUCAACACCUGGGUGAGCGACAACACCAACGGCAAGAUCAAGAAGCUGCUGACGGAGCCGCUGCCGACCAGCACGAGGUUGGUGGCCACCAACGUGGUCUACUUCAACAGCUCCUGGCAGACGCCGUUCAACGCUUCACGCACCGCCAUGGACUCACGCUUCCACGUCAGCGUCAACGAGACGGUGCCGGCCAACAUGAUGACCGGCGACCUGACCGUGCCGUACGGUGUGUUCCGGGACCGCGGCUUCAGCGUGGUGGGCCUGCCGUACUCGGGUGGUCGCCACGGCAUGUACGUGUUCCUGCCCAACGAGGCGGGAGAGGAGGCGCUCCGCCGCCUCGAGCAGCACCUGGGCUCGGCCUCUCUGACGGAGAUCGUCAACUCGCUUCGCGAGGACACCCUGCUGGUGCGACUGCCGCGCUUCAAGAUGUCGCACACGCUCUCUCUGGCGGGUGCCCUGCAGAAGAUGGGCGCCGCUGACCUGUUUGACCCGAUCCACGCGUCGCUGAAGCGCCUGUCGCCGGACGGACCACUGUUCCUCAGCGAGGUAGUGCACCAGGCGGUGAUCGACGUCCACGAGACGGGCACCGAGGCGGCCGCCGCCACCGUCGGCCUCGUCAGCCGCGGGAGCUUCGGCUCCAGCUUCAUCGCCAACCGGCCCUUCCUGUUCGUGAUCCGCGACACCAAGACGGGCGUGCCGCUCUUCUGGGGCCGUCUCGUGAGGCCUGACACCGUCGAGUGAGCGACACAGCUGCUUUUCAGCUCUUUGAAGCGAAGUAUUCGGCAAGAGGGCGGCCGUAGACCCCGGCCCGCGAAUCUGGCCGCUCUGUCGUGCGUGCUGCCAGAUGCCCGGCAAAGGAAGCUGCCGAUGCUGACUCCAUAGAAGAUCUCAAGCCAAAUGGAGGUCGCGUCGCGAAGAAGCUCGGACGCACGCUCCGGCGCUGCUGACCUUGUCCCACGCAGCGACAGGAAACUGUCCUUUGUGGUAAAUUACGUGCCGGAUGACCUCAGGGCACGGUAACGUCAUCAUCACUUCCGGCACGCUGGGCGAACCGGGUAUUGUUGCGAGCGACAGCGGAAAUUGGGCGCGUGACUUUGGUGCUGAUUGUCGAGGAUGUGUCGGUGUGUUGUUUCAGUGUUUGAUGAGUGACCGUUACGGCAGAGAAGGCCGCUAAGUUGCCAGGCUUUGAUAUUCGUUUAUUUGAACUCGAGUGGUCUAUAGUGCAUGGCCUAGCUCUUGAUGGUUGUGCGGUGUUAAUCGAAUAUUCUGCUUGCCUAUUUUAUUUAUGUCUGUUCAUGUGCUGUUAUGUUAUUGAAUAUAUACGAAGUGCGAAGUCA